GGCCUCUUGACCACCUCUGCUCACUUGCUCCAGCGGUUCCCCAGUGGCUCAGGAGCUCGGGAGCCCACGUCUGAGCUCCCCGUCAUGAGCAGGACCAGGACAGCCCUUCUCCUGUUGAUGGGCGUGGCUUCCUCUCUCUGCUUCAACUUGGACAUCGACAAGCCAACCAUCUUCCCCAUGCACAGCGCCGGGUUUGGACACAGUGUGGUCCAGUACGCCAACUGGGUGGUGGUGGGAGCCCCCCUGGAGAUAAAGGCUGUCAACCAAACCGGUGGCCUCUACCGGUGUGACUACAGCACGGCCACCUGUGAGCCCAUCCAGCUGCAGACGCCCCCAGAGGCUGUGAACAUGUCCCUGGGCCUAUCCCUGACAGCUGCCACCACACCCCCUCGGCUGCUGGCCUGCGGCCCCACUGUGCACCAUGCAUGCAACGAGAACAUGCACUUGGCCGGGGUCUGCUUCCUGUGGGCCUCCUCUUCCUGGCCGACCCAGAGGCUCCCAGAUGCCCUGAAGGAGUGCCCGAGGCAGGAGCAGGACAUCGUGUUCCUGAUCGACGGCUCAGGCAGCAUCAGCUCCAGGGAUUUUGCCAAGAUGCUGAAAUUCGUGAAGGCUGUGAUGAGCCAGUUCCAGAGACCCAGGGCCCAGUUCUCCCUGAUGCAGUUCUCCAGCACCUUCCGGGUUCACUUCACGUUCAAGGAAUUCUCGCAGAGCUCAAACCCACUACGGCUGCUGGACUCUGUGAGGCAGCUGAACCAGUACACGCACACGGCCACAGCUAUCCUGAGGGUCACAGAAGAGCUGUUCAGUGCCCACAAGGGGGCCAGACAGGACGCCUCCAAGAUCCUCAUCGUCAUCACGGACGGGGAUAAAACAGGCGACAACCUGGAAUAUGAGGAUGUCAUCCCUCGGGCCGAGGCCAAGGGCAUUGUCCGCUAUGCGGUCGGGGUGGGGUCGGCUUUUCAGGACCGACGCGCCUUCGCAGAGCUGACCGCCAUCGCGUCCAGGCCCCCGCAGGAGCACAUAUUCAGAGUGGACAACUUUGAUGCUCUGAGAGACAUUCAAAGGCAGCUGAAAGAGAAGAUCUUUGCCAUUGAGGGUACCCACACCAUGAGCAGCAGCUCCUUUGAGUUGGAGAUGUCCCAGGAGGGCUUCAGCGCGGUGCUCACGCCCGACGGACCAGUUCUGGGCGCUGUGGGGAGCUACAGCUGGUCUGGAGGUGCCUUCCUGUACCCCCCAAAUAAGAAACCUCCCACCUUCAUCAACAUGUCUCAGGAGAAUGUGGACAUGGUGGACUCCUACCUGGGUUACUCCACCGAGCUGGCCCUUUGGAAGGGGGUGCAGAGCCUGGUCCUGGGGGCCCCCCGCCAUCAGCACACCGGGAAGGCCGUCAUCUUCACCCAGGCGGCCGGGCAGUGGAGGCCGAAGGCUGAAGUCACAGGGACCCAGAUUGGCUCCUACUUCGGGGCCUCCCUCUGCUCCGUGGACGUGGACAGAGAUGGCAGCUCCGACCUGGUCCUCAUCGGGGCUCCCCAUUACUACGAGCCGACCCGGGGGGGCCAGGUGUCCGUGUGCCCCUUUCCCCGGGGGGCCAGGUGGCAGUGCUGGGCCAUUCUCCGUGGGGAGCAGGGCCACCCCUGGGGCCGCUUUGGGGCAGCCCUGACCACCAUGGGGGACGUGAAUGGGGACAAGCUGACGGACGUGGCCAUCGGGGCCCCGGGGGAGGAGGACAACCAGGGUGCUGUGUACCUGUUCCACGGAGCCUCGGGGCCGGGCAUCAGCCCCUCCCACAGCCAGAGGAUCACAGGCUCCCAGCUCUCCCCUGGGCUCCAGCACUUUGGACAGUCGCUGAGCGGAGGCCAGGACCUCACCCUGGACAGCCUUGUGGACCUGGCCGUGGGGGCCCAGGGGCACGCACUGCUGCUCAGGACCAGACCUGUGCUCAGGGUGUGGGUGGAGAUCCACACAACACCCACAGAGAUUGCUAGGUCUGUGUUCGAGUGUCGGGAGAACACAGCCUCCAUCCGGGACCUGGGUGAUGCCACAGUCUGCCUUCGUGUCCAUGAAAGUCCCAGGACCCGGCUGGGUAACCUCCAAAGUGAUGUGACCUUUGACCUGACCCUUGACCCUGGCCACCUGAGUCCCCGAGCCAUCUUCAAGGAGACAAACACUCGGCAUCUGAGCCGCGUCAGAGUCCUCGGUCUGAGACAGCACUGCGAGGACGUGAAGCUGCUGCUCCCGGCUUGCGUGGAGGACGCGAUGAUCCCCAUCACCUUGAGUCUCAAUUUCUCCCUGGUGGGCCAGCCCAUCCCUUCCUUUGGGAACCUCCAGCCUAUUCUGGCUCCAGACACCCGCAGACACUUCACGGCCUCUCUCCCCUUUGAGAAGAACUGUGGGGACGACCAUGUCUGCCAGGACGACCUUGGCAUCACCAUUGACGCCUCUGGCUUGGAGACCCUGGUGGUGGGGAACACCCUGGAGCUGAACAUGGGAGUGAAAGUGUGGAAUGAGGGCGAGGACUCCUAUGGGACCACAGUCACCUUCUCCUACCCGCCAGGGCUGUCCUACCGGCGGGCGACAGUGAGCCAGAGCCGGCCGCCGUCACGCUCCCUGCAACUGGCCUGCGACAGCGGGAGCCAGGACGCCUGGAGCACCCGCUGCAGCCUCAAACACAUCAUCUUCCGCGAGGGAGCUCAGGUCACCUUCGUGGCCACCUUUGACGUCUCCCCCAAGGCCAUGCUGGGAGACCGGCUGCUUCUAACGGCCAAUGUGAGCAGUGAGAACAACUCCCCCAGGACCCUCAGGACCACCUCCCGGCUGGAGCUGCCGGUGAAGUACUCCGUCUACAUCGUGGUCAGCAGCCACGAAGAAUCCACCAAGUACCUCAACUUCUCGGCCUCAGAGGAGGAGGGGAGCAGCGUGGCCCAGCUCAGAUACCAGGUGAGCAACCUGGGGCAGAGGGACCUGCCUGUCAGCAUCUACUUCUUGGUGCCUGUGGAGCUGAACCAGGCGGCGGUGUGGACAGAGCUGGAGCUCCUCCACCCCCAGAGCCCAUCUAUGAACUGCUCUUCAGAGAGAAUAGUGCCCACAGAGGCCGACCCCCGGGCCCACAUUCAGAGGAAUCCCGUGCUGGACUGCUCCGCUGCUGCCUGCCGGAGGUUCCGCUGUGACGUGCCCUCCUUUGGCACCCAGGAGGAACUGGACUUCACCCUGAAGGGCAACCUCAGCUUCGGCUGGGUCAGACAGACUCUGCAGAAGAAGGUAUCGGUCGUGAGUAUGGCGGGAAUCACGUUCGACAGAUCUGUGUAUGCCCAGCUCCCGGGCCAGGAGGCGUUUCUGAGAGCCCAGAUGGAGGUGGUGCUGGAGAAGCAGGAGGUCCACAACCCCGUGCCCCUCAUUGUGGGCAGCUCCGUGGGAGGACUGCUGCUGCUGGCUCUCAUCACAGCCAUACUGUACAAGGUUGGCUUCUUUAAACGUCAGUACAAAGAGAUGAUGGCGGAAGCAAAUGAACAAGCUGCCCCAGAAAAUGGGCCACCGGGCCCCCAAGGUGGCCAAUGAGAAACUCCCUCCUGUUCUCUUUGGACUUGCUCUGUCCUGAGAGGCUUCCUGGCCCUUUUACUCACGCCCGCCAGGCUUGAGGGGGAACAAAUGUCCCACAGGAGGGAGGCUGGCACCGGGCUGCUUUCUCUCUUUGGAGGAUGAAGUUUAUUUGCACAAAGCGUCCUGCCUGGGAAGGGCCAUUUGUCUUGUCAAAGCUCCAGAUGGAAACACCAGGCAGGAUCCCUGCCCUGCCCCCCAGAGCACUUGGCCUGAAAUUUCUACCUGGAAAUACAUGGACCAUAGUCCCCAGCUCCAUUCUCCCUUCCUCCACUAGCCACCAGUGAUCUCGCUAAAAUGCAGUACUGUUUUUUGUGAUUAAAAAAAUAAAGAAAUUUAUUGUGCUGACAUUGGUUAA